ACCAGACAGUUACUGAAUGAUCUGAGUGGAAGUGGCUUAUCUAUACACGGGCUCACUGUAGGUUUCUCAUGUCCUCACAGCUUGUGAUGCUAUUGAAAAACAUUGUACAUCAGAUUAGAUCCACUGGGACCACGAAUCCAAAGCCAAUCGCCGUAUGGUUCACUUGGACCAGUGUUGCACAGUGGCAGGUUUCAGAUACGCAAUAUUAUAUAACUGGAGUAUUUCAUUUAUAUUAAAUGUGAUACAAAGGUAUAUUGUCUGAUUGUCUGAAACAGCCUUGUAUCUGUACGUAGUCAACAACUUUUGAAUCACAUGAAGAAAGUUGAAUUGAAUAAUAUCUCAACAGGUCAGUUUGUAUAAAAUACCAAUAAUAAAUACAAUAAGCUUUAGAUUUAAAAGUAACCUAAUUUAAUUACCCUGCAGCUUUACAAUUAGUUUGUUCAGGUUUGAAGUAAAGCGGAUGGAGGGAGAGAUUUUGAAACGAGCCAUCGUAGUGAUGUGAACAGUGAACAGAAAGCAUCCAUGAUACACAGAAACAUGAAUUCCUUCCACAACAAUUACAAGAUGAUAUUGUACUCUUUUGUGAUGAUUCAACACUUCCAGUAGCUUUCAUGAACGCCGUAUUAACACAAUCAUCUUGACUAUAGAUAUCUGAAUGAAACAACACAAAAGAUCAAACAAUCAAAUAAUGAUGAAUAAGUCAAGAAAAAAGAAUCAGUGAAUUGUUUAAACAGUAAACAGCACAUAUGAACAAUGUAGAAAUAAACACUGCUGUCCUCACGAUGCCAGAGUUCAUGUUAGAUGUGUCAUUGGAAUAAAAGCUCAGCUGUUUAGCAUUCACACACUCCCACAUUCACACACUAAUCACACGCACCCACGUUCACACACGCCAUUAUCAUCUGGGGUUCUGCUCAUUGAAACAGAACAUUUGGUUCCCUAAUUGCAGGCAGCAGCUGCGCUCACCGUUUGGGGAAAGACAAAAAGAGGAGAGACGUCCAGGGGAAAAAAGAAACGCACAUAUUCAAGGGUGGGCUGGAGGUCUGAGUGUACGCGUGAACACAGGGGGGCUGUGGGAUGCUGCGAAAAUUGAAUUUUUUCUCCGCUGCUGCCGUUGCCUAGCAACCUGAUGCACUUGACAGUAAAAGCCUUAAAGUCCCAAAAACAUAUAAAAAGGCAGAUGGAGAAGGUAAUAUUUUAUUCUAUUUAGAUAGAUAUGCAGACCAUAGUUCAGACUGAGAGAAGAACAUUUUCCAGUUAGUUUAUAAUCACACUAAAAUAAAUGUUAUAUUUAAUCACAUCUCUAUGAAACCCUCACAGCCUCAGUGAGACGUUAAGGCCAAAAAGUGACUUUUCACAGGCGGAUGCCGGCGGACGAGCUGGAGACACAGAUACUGUCGCACAUCCUCUGUUGCUUCUCAGGAAAAGGUGGGGAAACAGAAGGGCCUGAAUUAGACCUGCAGUCUGGGGCAGGAGGAAAAACUCACAGGCAGCACAGCAGAGAGGAGCCAGCGGGAAACAAAGGAGACUAAAUUGAUUAAUCCACCAAAUGUGGUGGCCAAAGAGCGUAGCAACACCUAAAAGGGACCAGAAGCAGAGCGAGAAGGAGCCUUCUGCAGCGCCACCUUGGACUGUGAUGGACUACAACGGGUCAAGCAGAAAGUCCCCACUGAAGCACACACCCCUUGCUUAUUGGGACUGACAACAUGGGUUUCUUUUGAAUUGCUGGACAUUGAUUUUAUUCCAGAGUCGAGUUCACUGUGUUUUUACGUUGUUCCAUGGUUUGUUUUCACUACAGCUGACUUCACCCACAGAUUUGCUUCAUUGUUCACUACUUGUAUUGAAUUGUGUAGCCAGGUAAGCCAGCUCAUCAGGUUAAUACUCACCUGUUCAAAGGAUCAUCUUCUAAAUUCGACUGGUAGAAUUUCUAUAAUUCUUAUUAUCAUACAUACAGCAUCUUUUCUAGUUUGUCUUCUUAUCAGCUGGUAUCUGGCAGUUCUGUUCUGAAGAACAUCCUUCUGAAGAUGAUUCUCCUGCAGAUUCACAGAUGGACAUAAAAACCUUAACCCUGCUUUUACAGGACUAGAUGAAAACCCCUUUGAGACAAAUGUGAAAUGAGACUUUGUGACGUUUUGAACGGACAUGUCGUGUUUUGUGAUAAACAGACGUUGAGGAUGAUUUUAUCAUCAGGCAGGAACAGGGACAGGAUAGUGGAUCCUGGUUUUAUUGCGGUGUCUCUUUGAUGGGGAGCUGACCCAGACUGGAGCUUGUUCAUUGUGCUUUUUAAAAUUUUAAAUAACCCUUUCAUUAUGGCAUCUUUCUCAGUGUCAUCAUCAUCUCUUCUAACUUUACCAAGUAUUAUGGGAACUUCACCGCAUUGUGUGACCUGAGCAGCACGAUUGAGUACAAUGUCUUUGCUUGUAUCCUGCACCAGAAUAAAUGCAAGGUGAAAUAUAUCAGAUAAGUCGGAUACAUUUAAUGGAAACAUUACGUAGUUUUUGUUUUCGAUGGACUUAUUGCGGUGCUCAUGAAUAAAAAGGGACACUGUGGACUCAAGGUGCUCAAGACAAAAUUGAGAGCAUCUACUGCUCUAUAGAUAUCUACAGCAUAAGACUCAACUAGACAACGGUUUGCAGAUGGUGCUAACAGAAUUUCCUGAUGAAAGGAUAUCUCAUGAAAAGUCAUCGUUCUUCAUCAGUUUUCCUGCUGAAGCCAAGAACACAUGUCAAUAUCCCCCUUUUUACAUACAUUCUUUUCAAAAUAAACUUCUGGCUUCACAGGAAACCAAUAGCUUUAACCAAUGAAACUACUCAGUAAAAUAUUAUUGUUUGGGCACAUGGGGAGGAGGUUGCUUAUAUCCAUCCAACUGCCCUCAAACUCCUAUGUGGCCAGAGCGUCUUGUUCCAAACACAAGCUUUUGAAGUGGAAGAUAAAGACUCCUUCUCAAAAAUGUAUUUGUCUCUGAAAUGGAUAAGGCGUAAACCUUUAAUGCAGAUAUAUAAUGAAUAUCAUUUGUCAUUCUCUAGCCGAUAACAAAGAGUAGUUCUAGAGCUUUUAGUAGAAGCGAAGUCUCUUUGGUGAGUCAGGAUGAGCAAAUGUUAGAGUGAUUCAACACUGCACACUCAGUCCUGAGAACAGGAUGUGACAAACACGGCAAUGGCACUGACUCACACCACAGUGACGCUCCAGCAGCAAACAAACACGAUUCAGCUACAAGUUGGUUCAAAGGGUCAGUUCACCACUUACAAGUAAUGAGUAACUUUACAAAGACACUGUUUCAUUAAUUGCAUUUCAAACACAAAACCUUUGAUCAUCCUGGAGGCAGAAUUCCACCGGGUGGAACAUGUUGAACUAGAAACUCUUCCAAUAGAUUAACAGAAUAGAAGUCUGCUGCCAUCAUGUGGCCGAGAGCAUAACCCCAUAAUCCCAUCACAGCUAUCGCACAACCUCUGUUGUUGGGGUGUCCAUGGCAACAGUAUUCUGGUGCAGGUGAGGCUCAACGGAUACAAACAACAGAGGAGCUGUUGGGAGGACGACAGGGCAAACAUGAACAACCUCUUGUCCGGAGAUGUCCAGGUGAAGAGCAUGGAGCAGACAGUGAAGUAUGCUGAGCAGCACCUGGGUGAGAUCUGCUCCCUGAUGGCCUCCUACACCAGGAAAACAGCCAAGCUCAGAGACAAGGCAGAUCUGCUGGUGGCUCAGCUCUUUGACUUCUCCAGCAGAGAGGACACGGAGGUCCAGAUCGGCCUAAAAAACAUAGCUGAAGACCUGGCAAUGGUUCAGGACUACAGGCAGGCUCAGGUGCAAAGACUGGAGACGAGAGUUGUUGCACCCCUAAAAGCCUACGGAGACAUUGUUAAGAACAGAAGGGCAGAUCUAAAGAAGUACAGCGUUGAUGUGAAAAAAGAGCUGAAGGAGUUGCAGAAAUUGGAAAGAAUUCAACUAAGGAACCCUGCAGAUCGACAGAGCGUUUCUCAGGCAGAAGUAAAUGCUCAGAAGGCGUCCACCAAUGCCCAGCGCAGUAUCAGGCAGCUUGAGGAGACCAUCAAAGACUUCCAGAGACAGAAACUGGAGGAUAUCAAAAGGAUCUUCACAGACUUCAUUACAUUGGAGAUGGUCUUCCAUGCUAAAGCGCUGGAGAUCUAUACACAUACGCACCACAGCCUGGAGGCAAUUAACACUCAAAGGGAUCUGGAGUCUCGCAGUACCCUACAAUGCCAGAGAGGCAUGGAGGAGGAGGAGGAGGAGGAGGAAAAAGAAGAAGAAGAGUUUUCUGAAUCAGUGACAGAAGCAGGUCGUCACAUCAGCAGGCCGUCCUAUGCGGCUCGACAUGCCGAGUUACGCAGAUGGCAGAAGUAGAAGCCGGCCUGGUUUUCCAAUGCUGAAUCAUAUGAGCUCCCAACAGCAGAACUCACUUCCAAUACACAUUUGUUUCCAUCAUUGGUAUCCCCUAGGUGGAGUCUUUACAAUUAUUUUACUAUGAUAUUAAUCAUAUAAAUCUGACAAUGACAUAUU